AUGCACUCGGUGAUCACUUCAAGCCAGUCUUCGAUCGAUAAUAAUACUGCCCCAAUUACCGUUCAGACGGGACUCACCUCGAACGACCGGAUAGUGCCGCGCGGUCGCUGCAUUCAGCUAGAGCCACGUCCCGACGACGACGAACCCCUCCCCAUCGCAUAUCGGGAAGAAACACAGCAUGCCUUCCCCUCUUACGCGCUUGGGUCGAAAUGGCAUGGCACUUUACGA